UUCGUGUAUUAGAGUUUUAAGAAUAUUUAUAUGUCCACAGUAACUGCCAACCUUGUACCAAUGUCUAAAAUUAACUCACAAGAAUCAGCCAAUGUGCUGCGUAAUUUCGUUAAAGUGGGCAUAUCCUCAAUCGCGUACCUCAGAAACCUGUUUGCUGAAUGCGCCUUCGAAGAUACUGUAGUAGGAGGCCUACAACUAAAGAGACUUACACGAGCUGUACCCGAAUCGGCAGCAUUACUCGAUUGGAUUGAUGAAGGAGUAUUCGAUGCAAUGGGCAAGGAAUACCUAAAGGAACUAGUAGUUACCAUACAUAACAGCGAACACGUUCCACUAGAGUCCUACACCUUCGCUCUGCAGUAUGCAGGAAAUACAGGUGAAUGCUCAGUACAACUUUCAGUUGGCCAUUUUGAUGGCUCCACAGAUAACGCGAAACAAAGAAACGGCCGAGAUAAUCCAAUUAGCACACCAGUGACUGAACCUGUGGUGAUCAACAAUGAUAAGGAAGAAGUUAAAAGACAAACUAUAAAUGUAUUGAGGGACCUAGUACUACUGGCCCAAUCACUCUCUCCACUACCUGAUAAUAGGUACCUCUCAAUGAUGCUGUUCUACUAUGAGGAUCGAGUACCAAAAGACUAUGACCCGCCACACUUUCGUACAGCAUCUGAUGCCGACUUCCGUGGUAUUGAAAUAUCAAAUCUAGAGCAGCAAGUAGGUGAACUCGAAACGGGGCACCAUAACCUCGCUGUGGAUGUGCGUAGCUGCUGCUACCUAGAUGACAACGUAACCACAUACAAAACAAAUGGAAAGUCAUUGGAUACCUUAACACGAAGACAAUCAAUAAGUUGUAAUGAAUAUGCACCAAGAGCCGCUAGAGAAUACAGUGCAGGCCAUCGUGCUGUUACAAACUCGCCAUAUGGAACAGGAAUGCAUAGUAAAGACAACACUCGUGUAGCCCAACCACGAUCCACAGUGACUAACCGGAACAACAUUCUAGACCUACUGAAACGCAGCCAUAUAAUUGCCACCAAAACUAAAUACGUCAACAAGGAAUGCCUCAUCAGAGAGUUGGGAAUUGAUGACAAUCUGGCCAAGGCAAUAUUUAAAAAAAUGAUUGAAUAUGGAUAUAUAGAGCCCAGGUUCGUCAAGGGUAAGGGAUACAUGAGUAAAUGUUUCGAAACGUUACCAAACGAUGACACAACCCAACCAACGACAAAAGGUACAUCGUAGCCCAACCUGUUGCCAUGAUAAAGCGAAAGUAAAUAAGAUGUAUAGUAACAGGAUUCUAAAGAUGAAUGCG